AUGGAUCUUAAUUACGGAACCACACUUCUGAAGGACAACGAAGCCAUCAAUUCUCGUUGGAAAGAACGUUUUGACGAUCUCCUUAACCGUAAUUCUAUGGUUGUAGAUGAAGUUCUUGAGCAAAUCCCUCAACGACCAUUUAGGGACGAGCUCGGAGACCCUCCCAGUUUGUAUGAGGUACACGAUGCCACCAUGCAGAUGAAGAACAACAAGGCAGCAGGUCUAGAUGGGAUCCCCGCUGAAAUCUUCAAAAACGGUGGACCAGAGCUAAUUCACCAGCUUUACCUGCUUAUCCUUAAAAUCUGGAUAAAGGAGGAGAUACCUGGUGAAAUGAGGGAUGCCUUGAUGGUCACCCUCUUCAAGAAAGGGGAUAAAGUGGAUUGUGGAAAUUAUCAUGGCUCAACUGCAGAACGGAAUUUUUCAGCUCAUAGACUCCUCGUGCAUGGCUGGGUUGUGGGCGGCCAGCCAUCACCGUCAGAGCCAGAGACCACAGUCGCAAAUCAGGACACUGGCACGUCAGAAGCAGGAGGCAAACUGGAUAUCGGGAGCUACAAUCAGAAGCCAGGCAUCCAGCCAGUCUUGGAUGCCAGGAAAUCAAGGAGCAGGGUGGAGCCCAGUUUAUUCGUACAGCUUCCAGCACAUCUGCUGGCAUCAGUCAGGCGGGAUUCCACCAAUCGAGGGUGCCAGCGGCUAGGGGCAGCAGGCUGGCGGCUGGCAGAACAAGCUGGCAAAACUGACCUGAAAUUGGCAUCUCGGGAUCUGCAUUUUAUCAUCACAACCACAUUUCAGUUGUCUCCGGGUGCCGGCCCAGCAGACCUCAAUAACCUCGGUUGGGCGGUGAAGGUGCUUGGCCGACGAAGCACAGUUCGAGGACUCAGGUGCGCCAACGCAUCUGUGCCCAUGACUAUGGUACCAGCUCCGUCCGCAGCUGCCCCCUCGCCGCUGGACAAAGGUGUCCCUCCCAUGACUUCUCCUUGUACCCGUUGCUACAAACACGUCCCGUAUUACACUCCUGAGGUUAGUUUCCAACCCGAGGCCUUGUCCCAAACCUCCCAGUGCACCGUCCUGUCCUCCCAUCCUGGUCUGACUUGGGGUCCUGUGUCCCGGUGCCAUCUCCCAGGAGUGUUUGUACUGCACCUCUGUGCCGGGAGGAGCACCCAGGGCCUAGUCCUUAGGAGCACUCAGCCCCGCUAGCCGGGCCUUUGCCAAGUUCAUGUGCCAGACGGUGAACUUCUAAGCAAGCGUCUGCUCUAGACAGCGCCUGACGUUGGCGCCUAGCAUGGCCUGGCUUUGCUGUCUUGCCCCAGCCCCCGUGCUCCAGGCUCUCUCUCCACUACCUCUACACCUCACUGCUUUUCCCCUGAGCCUUGCCCACCUCUCUGGCGCUUCCCGCAGUGAGUCCGCCCGGGCGGGGCUCCUGGGGAAGCCAGAAGGCCCUGCACCCCAGUUCUGCAAUCAGAUAUGACUCUCAGCCAGCCGGUAAUGGAAGGUUUAU